AAGUUCAAAGGGUAAAGUUAAUUCCGGCCAGGAAGAAACUGGGCCUUAUGAAAAUAACACACUGCAAGCUUAAAACAGCAUUUCUAGGUAAUGAUGUUGAACACAAAAGAAACUGUUUAAUGGGGUGAUAAACUUUCCAUCAUGGCUACCACAAGGCUUGACCGUUUAUUUCUUUUAUUGGACACCGGUUCAACACCGGUGACUCGGAAAGCAGCGGCACAACAACUUGGAGAAGUCCAGAAACUUCACCCACAGGACUUGCAUAAUCUUCUAUUUAAGGUCCAUGUGUACUUACGCAGCAGAACUUGGGAUACUCGCAUUGCCGCUGGCCAGGCAAUCGAAGCAAUCAGUCGCAAUGUCCCCCAGUGGCAACCAGUUGUACCAGUUGUUAAAGUCGAAGAUGAUGCAGGGGAAAGCUCUGCAUCGACACUACCAAAAGACUCCCUCAAUUUUGCUAAGUUUGAUAUCAACCGUGUGCUUCAGAAGGGUACCUCUCUCCUAGGAUCAUCAGGAAUGGAGUAUGAACAAGAGCUUGAAGAAACAGGAAUUGACCCAAAGCAGAGACUAGCAAAACAGAGAAAACUACUUCAGAAGAAGCUUGGCCUAGAUGUCGGUGGAGUCCUUGGCAUGGAUACCAAUGAUCUCUUCGAUGAUGAUGAUCUGGAGGUCAAGGAUGAACCACAAAAGAGGAACCAGUUUCUCACGGUUCCUCAGACUGCUGCUGAAAUAAUGGAGCAAGAAAUGGAUCACUUGAUGCCAGGUUUAAGCUCCCGGGAAAGAAACCGUGCCAAGCGGAAAGCUAGGAUACUUGCUAAGCAACGUUCCAAAGACCAUCCUGACAGCAUCAGCUCAAGCUUUGAGGGCAGUUUUGAUGAACCGCCAGGAAAACGGGCAAAGACUAGCACGCUGUCCAAGCAAGCAUCCGUAAACGAAAGGACAUCAGAUACUAGCCAAGACAGCAGUGUAUUUAUCGAAGCGCCUGGUGAUUGGCCGUUUAUGGCGUUCUCCGAGCAGCUCUGUAAUGAUUUAUUCCACCAGUCAUGGGAAGUGCGACAUGGAGCAGCAACAGGAAUCAGGGAACUUGUUAAAACGCAUGGAAAAAGCGGAGGAAAAUCUUUAGAAUAUCAGGUAUCGCAGCAAGAUGAGUUGAAUCAGGCAUGGCUUGAAGACAUAGCACUUCGGUUACUCUGUGUCCUCGCUCUAGAUCGCUUCGGGGACUUUGUGUCUGAUGAGGUUGUUGCCCCAGUUAGAGAAACCUGUGCCCAAGCUUUGGGAGUGGUUCUUCAUCACAUGACAGAGGAAUCAGUACAUGGAGUGCUCAGCAUUCUCCUACAGUUGUUCAACCAGCAGCAGUGGGAGGUUCGGCAUGGUGGUCUAAUCGGCCUCAAGUAUCUUCUAGCUGUCAGAAAGGAAAUGACAAGCAGUCUGCUGCCCUCUGUGUUGCAAUGCAUAAUUGAUGGACUGCAAGAUUGCAAUGACGAUGUGAUGUCCGUAGCUGCUGCUGCUUUGAAUCCCGUUGCAGACACUCUAGUCAGAAUCUGCCCAGACCAGGUUCCGGUGAUCCUGAGGACACUGUGGGACACUCUGCUUGACCUUGAUGACCUCACAGCCUCGACCAAUAGCAUCAUGGUUCUGUUGUCCUCAUUGCUUUCAUAUCCGAUGGUUCACCAGAAGUGCUUUCAUACACAAUCCUUGGGAGAGCUUAUUCCCCGCCUUUGGCCUUUUCUUUCACAUACGAUUCUUUCUGUACGGAAAGCUGCACUACAGACGUUACUCACACUCCUCAAGGCAGACACUUAUGAGGUUCCAGUUGGUACAUGGUUGCCAGUGAUUCUUCAAGAUGCCAUGCGGCAUAUCUUUCAACGCUGCCUUGUAGAAACAACAAGUGAUACAUUGGAUCUUAUCCAAGAGGUUUGGGAUGCCAUUUUACAAAAAGCAGUGUUACAAAAUAUACUGCAAGCAACGAUCCCAUGGUACAGUGCAUGGCUUAGUCUGUGUAUGCAGUCAUCAAAAUUGCCACUAGACAGUAAUCUUCUCAUCAAUUCUACCUAUAGAAAUAAGACUGCAAACAAAAGUCCCAAAGGUCAACAACAAGUCAAAGAAAAAUGUCAGGAAUUUCUUGGCGGUGCUACAUCAAUUGCUGACGAUAACGCAGAGCAUGAUUUGGCCGUAGUGCAGGCAAGGACCCGAGCUACACGUUUGAUUGGUAGAUUGUCUGCUAGACUGACCUCUGAAAUGGUUCACUUACCAGAUCUGCCAUUGGAUGGUAAUGCAGCCAGUUCCAUUUGCCAAUUACUAGAGCAUUACCUGAGCAGUAAUUCAGCGGUGCUGAGAAUGGUCGUUGGUAUGAUUAUUGAGGAAUGGUCUGUACAGGAUGAAUCUUGUAAGUGCACAGAAUCUGUCAAGUUAAAACUGAUGGAGAUGUUGAAUAACAAUGUGUACUUCGAAGAAGUUUCCUCCUCAUUUAUGCGGAUGCAGACUGAAUGUAAGGCCUUAGUUACAAUGUGGAUUGAAGCUCGGCCAGAUUUGAGGAACAAUAGUUUUCCAAACAUGUUUACAGUAGACCAAGCCAUACCAUUUGCUGAUUCCAUUUACGGUAUGCUGGGUCAAAGCCGAAUGCACCCUAAGAUGAAAGACAGUUUAACUCAGAAGUGCCAGAAAGUGCAGGCCGUUGGAGCAGAGGUCAGGAAAGAACAGCAAGUACUGACAGUUAGAGUGCAGUGCUGUCUGGCAGCAGCAGCAGUAAGUUUGAAAUUCCUACCAGAAAAGUUAAACCCUAUCAUCAAGCCUCUGAUGGAGGCGAUUAAGAAGGAGUGGAACCCACUUAUACAGAGUCGAGCAGCAACAGCGCUGGCAAAACUACUUGAACAAUGCAUUUCCAGGACUCCAUGCCCUAACCCGAAAAUAAUCAAAAACCUUUGUUCAUUUCUUUGCUGUGAUUCAACUCAAACUCCAAACGUUGUGACCCCAAUCAACCCACUUGAAAUGCAAAUGACCUGCUCUGGGUCAUCAUCCUCACGGCCAACAACUCCAAUCAACACGCCACUUGUUAUGGAAGCAGCUGUUUGUGGGAAGACUUAUGGAAUACUGACCCUUGCCAAACAGCAACAGGCGGCAGCAUUAUCUGCUGUGUCUAGACGGGCAGCAUUCGCUAAAUCACGCAGCAAACACAGCAAUACAAGCCAAAAUUCAAGUGUAGAAACGAGUGUCGAAAUUCCAAACUUUAGUGAUAUUAUGAGCGAGGCGAAAGAGCAGGAGAAGCUUCAGCGUCGAGGGGCAGAGUUUGCUGUCGGAAGCCUGGCGCUUCAUUUUGGUGAUAGGUUGUUUGUUGUUCUUGACAAGCUUUGGAUGACGAUCACCAGUGUUUUGCAAACAAAUAUAAAGCCACAUAAAUUUGAUGCCACCUUUUAUGAAGACAAAAAUGACCUUGCUCAAGAGAUUGUAAAUUCUUUCCAAGUUCUAGAGGUUAUAUCACCAAACACACACCAAAACCUUAACCCGCAGUUAGAAAGUCUACUUCCAUAUAUCAUUGCCUGUCUGAGUUACCCAUACACAGCUGUCCGCCAUCUUGCCUCUCGUUGCCUUGGAGUAUUAAGCAAAGUGUCAACAGUAGCCUGUAUGAAUAAGAUAUUAGAGGAUGUUAAACCAAUGCUUGAUGCAGCAGACAAUGAGAUCAAACGUCAGGGUGCGAUUGAGGCUUUAGCUAAUGUUAUUGACCUUUUGGGCAUUGAUCUUGUGCCUUAUAUCGUGCUCCUGGUUGUACCAGUCCUAGGUAGAAUGAGUGAUCAAGUAGAGUGCGUUCGUUUGAUGGCCACACAGUGCUUUGCGACACUCAUCCGGCUUAUGCCUCUAGAGGCUGGUAUUCCAGACCCACCUUCAAUGACAGCAACCUUGAUAGAGCAGAAGGUGCGAGAGAGGUGCUUCUUAGAACAAUUGUUAGAUAGCAGUAAGUUAGAGAAUUACAGGGUACCAGUAGCAAUCAAAGCUGAACUCCGCAAAUACCAACAGGAUGGUAUUAACUGGCUGGCUUUUCUGAAUAAGUACAAAUUACAUGGAAUUCUCUGUGAUGACAUGGGCUUAGGCAAGACAUUAAUGUCUCUUUGUAUCAUUGCUGGAGAUCACUUCCUGCGACAAAAGGAAUACAAAGCUUCCCAGAACCCAGCUUGUGCCCGGCUUCCAUCCAUUGUGAUCUGCCCGACCACAUUGACAGGUCACUGGGUGUACGAAGUAGAGAAGUUUUGUGCCAAGGAGCACCUCCACCCUCUGCAUUAUACUGGACCCCCAAAUGAACGCAUCAGAUUGAGAAGUAAGAUGAAGCGUUGCAACUUAGUAGUGGUUUCUUAUGAUAUACUCAGAAAUGAUAUUGAUUUCUUCGGAGAUAUCAAAUGGAACUAUUGUAUUCUGGAUGAAGGGCAUAUUAUCAAGAAUGGCAAAACAAAAAUAGCUAAAUCUAUUAAGCAGCUUAUAGCAAACCACAGACUGAUCUUAUCUGGCACACCUAUUCAGAAUAAUGUCCUGGAGUUGUGGUCAUUGUUUGAUUUUUUAAUGCCUGGAUUUCUGGGGACUGAAAAACAGUUCAUUGCUCGUUAUGCUAAGCCAAUUCUACAAAGCAAAGAUGCAAAGAGCUCCACCAAAGAACAAGAAGCUGGUGCUCUUGCAAUGGAAGCCCUCCAUCGACAGGUUCUUCCAUUCCUCCUGCGUCGACUCAAAGAAGAUGUACUAGAUGAUCUUCCACCCAAAAUCAUCCAGGAUUAUUACUGUGAGCUGAGUCCCCUCCAGGUUCAACUCUACGAGGACUUUGCUAAGUCAAGAGCCAAGAGGGGGGUUGAGGAUGCUGUCCAUAGCAACGAAGGUGAAAAUAAACAAAGAAUUCCACAGAAAGGAUCCACACACAUUUUCCAGGCACUCCAAUAUCUUCGUAAAGUUUGUAACCAUCCAUUAUUAGUGGUGAAUCAGAAGCAUCCACAGUACGAUAACAUCACUCGGCAAUUAAAGGAGCAGAACUCAUCACUCAAUGACAUCCAACAUGCACCGAAGCUAACUGCUCUCAAACAACUUCUACUUGACUGCGGCAUAGGUGGUAAUGAUGAGGACAACCAGGAUGAGAUCGGUGGCGCUGUUGUCUGUCAACAUCGAGUGCUACUCUUCUGCCAGCUGAAGAGCAUGCUGGACAUUGUGGAGAAAGACCUUCUGAAAUCCCAUCUACCAAAAGUAACUUACAGGCGCUUAGAUGGAAGUGUCCCAGCUGGUAGUAGGCAUGACAUUGUAAACAGGUUUAACAAUGACCCAUCUAUUGAUAUUCUUUUACUAACAACACACGUUGGUGGCCUUGGGCUCAAUUUAACUGGGGCAGACACUGUGAUUUUUGUGGAACAUGAUUGGAAUCCAACAAAGGAUUUGCAGGCAAUGGAUCGUGCACAUAGGAUUGGUCAGAAAAAGGUAGUGAACGUAUAUCGUUUGAUCACCAAGGGAACCUUAGAAGAGAAAAUAAUGGGGCUUCAGAAGUUUAAAAUGAACAUUGCUAAUACUGUCAUAAGUCAAGACAACUCAGCCCUUCAGUCAAUGGCUACAGAGCAGCUGCUAGAUCUCUUCUCUCUAGACAAGGGUAACCAGAGUUCCAUUGAUCAAACAGAGGAGAAGGACACACCCCAGUCCAUGAAAGCAGUGAUGUCUAACCUAGGCGAGCUGUGGGAUGACAAGCAAUAUGAGAAUGAGUAUGACCUGUCCAGCUUUAUGCAGUCACUAACAUAAGUUGAGCGGGACUCAUUAGCAACAAUAUGAGAAUGAGUAUGACCUGUCUAGCUUUAUACAGUCACUAACAUAAGUUGAGCGGGACUCGUUAGAAACAGUAUGAGAAUGAGUAUGACCUGUCCAGCUUUAUGCAAUCACUAACAUAAGUUGAGCGGGACUCAUUAGAAACAGUAUGAGAAUGAGUAUGACCUGUCCCGCUUUAUGCAAUCACUAACAUAAGGUUGAGUGAUACUCAUUAGAAACAAUAUGAGAAUGAGUAUGACCUGUCCAGCUUUAUACAGUCACUAACAUAAGUUGAACAAGGCCUCAGGGGAAAUUUGGGAUGCAAACAAUAUGAGAAUGACAUAUCAUUUUGUUUAGGCUGUUUUGACCACAAAACAAUUUUAAUACUGUGCGCAUGUACGAAAGGCAAAAAUGAACAGAUUGAGUGCACCGCACGGCGCAAUGUUUGGACGAUUUCAUUAUCCGAAAAGGGUAUAUAAAAAUGCACUUCGUUAACUUGUGAACACUAUUAAAAAUAAAUUCCCAAUCUAUUCAUAACACUGUAAAAAUGGACGUCCAAUAUCAAGCGUAUUCAUUUGUUGAAUUUUAACAAGUCUUUGAUUCAGCAGGUACCAUAUUUGUAUCAGUUCACAAAAUGUAACGCGCCUGGAUUCCUGGGCCGGCUGUGACCUCUGUCAGUUUUCCUUUUUCAAAGCCUAUAAGAAAAUGCAAAAAUGACGGAAGAAAAUGUUAUCCAAUGAGAUUAUAUUUAAUAUAGAAAUGAUUGCCUUUCUGUUUCUGCUUCAACCUUAAGCAAAUGGAUUGGUAUAGGCAAAGUUAUGACGUAAAUAAACAACUCCACAAAUCCCGCUGAAAACACGCUAAUAUCACUUAUAUUUUCGUAAUUCAACCGAAAAAUGACGGAGCUAAAUAUUUGAAAACAAAUAUUUUGUAAAUUCUUUACAACAGCUAUGUUUAUAACUUUCUAUAAACCGUUUCAACUUAAGUGAUCCGACCUCUAGUUUUUAAGUUUCCGUUUUUGGAGUAACAUUAGUUGAUGUUUUGAAGAAACGCUAAUGGUUAAGAGGUGGACCAAGCAAAUCUAAGGAAAUGCUGAGUUGGAUGAACUGAGUAACACUCUGUUAUUUAAGAGUAAUAUUCAAUGUGGUGAAUCAGAGCGAUAUCUAAUAAAGUAAUUAUGAUUGGUAAAGAUGUAAUAUUCUGUGAAACAGUGGUGGUUCAAGGUUUUGCCUGCGGAGGGUUCGAGGGUUACAUGGGGAAAAGCCAUUUUGAUUUUAGUGCCUCAUAAUGUGUAAAAAUUAUUUUGGAAUUUUUUUCUCCUCAACGGUUUGUGUUAAUUCUUGAUGGUAGGAAGGAACUCUUCCACAAUUGGGGGUAGGGGGCCCAGCCAUCUCAAAAUACUAUUUUGAAAUUUAAUUUUGAACGAACAUGGGCAAUGUAGGCCUAUAGAAAUCUGAAAGUUGUGGAAUUGAGCUGUUGCUAGGCAGUUAAAAUGCUUACAGUGUGUUUGUUUUCUCAAAACUAAAAACCACUCCCUUAUGUGAUGCAAGACUUCGUUUAUUGAGCAUUUAUGCUCUGUGUAAAGACUAGAUUUUUUCACAAUUCAAUUCAAUAUGUAUAAAAUUUAUUGUAAAUACUUUUUAAUAGGUUGUUUCCUUCUUUUUCUAUUUUAUAUGUUAUUAAAUUAAGACAUACUUUUAUAUUACAUUUUCAUUUUAGAAAAAAAAUGUAUUCGUGUUGAGAAGAAAACAUGAGUGAAAAAGACAUGCCUUAUUUAAAGUUUAUUUGAAAGAGAUUAAAAUCUUAUACAUUUCA